UACGGCGACCGAUGAUAAUAAUUAAUAGUUCACCGCGCUGCUGUCUGUCACGAUACAAUUACACGCCGGUCGCAGACAGUCGAUACUCCAGUAACCGUUUGGCGAUGAGGCAAUCCCAGUCGUCUGCUAUCGUCGCCAUUGCACCGUUAAACCAUAAAUAUUAUCAUAAUAAUAAUAAUAGCGACAAUAAUAAUAUUAUCAUACUUCGUACAAUACUAACGGCGGGCCGCUAGCUAAAUCCAGCGGCAGUUUUCCAACACCAAAGCCACCGCCGACCAUCAGUUAUUAAAGAAAAUGAGUGGACCGACGGAAACUGUUGUCAAGAAUACUGACGGGCCCCCGGUUGACAAAGAUGAUAGAGUGAGACUUAAAAAGCAGCUCGGCCUUCUCGAGGGUUGUGCCAUCAUUCUUGGCAUCAUAUUUGGAUCUGGUAUCUUUAUCUCACCGUCUGGCGUCAUGAGCGAAGUGGGCUCGGUGGGUCUAAGCUUAAGCAUGUGGGUGUUGUGCGGUUUGUUGUCAAUGAUCGGCGCCCUGUGUUAUGCCGAACUGGGUACAUCCAUUCCAAGGUCUGGCGGCGAUUACACGUAUCUGUUCGAAGGAUACGGUCCUCUGCCUGCGUUCUUGUACCUGUGGGACGCCAUGCUAGUGUUUGUGCCAACUACAAACGCCAUUAUGGGACUGACCUUUGCCAAUUAUGUUAUCAAACCGUUCUUCCCGGAUUGUGAGAACCCAGACUCGGCGGUCAGGCUUUUGGCAGCUGCUGUGAUAUGUCUUAUAACUUUCGUCAAUUGUUGGAACGUCAAGGCAACGACCAAAGUACAAAACGUUUUCAUGUUCACCAAGAUUGCCGCAUUAGUUUUGAUCAUUGUUUUCGGCGGAGUUUACCUAUAUAGUAACGGAUUUCAUAGGUUUGAAAACCCGUGGCAAGGAUCCAUCACAGAUCCUGGCCGACUAGCCGUUUCAGUAUACUCUGGGAUUUACUCGUAUUCCGGCUGGAACUAUUUAAAUUUUAUGACCGAAGAGUUACGGAACCCAUAUGUAAACUUGCCCAGAGCCAUUUAUAUAUCCAUGCCUUUAGUGACGAUCAUUUAUGUGUUGGCCAAUGUUGCGUACUUGUCCGUUUUGAGUCCAAAAGACAUGGCCUCGACCAACGCUAUUGCUGUGACCUUCGGUCAUUUAGCGAUGGGUUCAUUUGAAUGGGUUAUGCCGCUGAUGGUUGCUUUGUCGGCAUUUGGAGGUCUCUGUGUACACAUCAUGACUUCGUCUAGGAUGUGUUUUGUAGGAGCCCGUUAUGGUCAUUUCCCAACUUUUUUGUCGUACAUCAACAUUAAUAGAUUCACGCCAACUCCGUCUUUGGUGUUUUUGAAUAUUCUGUCACUAUUAAUGUUGUUUACGAGUGAUGUAAAUAUGCUCAUCACCUACUCAAGUAUCGUCGAAUCAUUCUUCACCAUGUUGUCAGUUUCUUCAGUUUUGUGGAGCCGAUGGAAAAACCCAGACAUCAACAGACCAAUCAAAGUGGCCCUUUGGAUUCCGAUCUUGUAUGUUCUGGUAUCUCUCUUCUUGAUUUUGUUGCCGUGUUACGUGAAGCCGAAGGAAGUCGGAAUGGGCGUAGCCAUUACCUUGUCAGGCAUACCUGUGUACUACCUAUGUGUCGUUUGGCAAACAAAACCUGUGUGGUUUCAAAAUUCAUUAAAGAACGUCACUUUUUUCAUUCAAAAAUUGUUUGUCAGCGCAAAAGAGGACAAAGCCGAAGAAGAUAUUUGGGAAUAACACAAUUCUCGCUAUUUCCUCAUUUCUAAGAUCUGCUCAUAAAUUAUUAUUUAUUUAUUUUAACUUUGGGUAACUCAACGGGUUCAACAACUAUAUUUUUUUGUGAAGAGAGCCUUACCCAUCUCACUCCACAUAAUAUUAACCAUGAUGUCAUCUCGUAUUAACACAUAUUUCUUACUUAAUUUUUAUUUAUAAGGGCUUAACUCUGUUUACUGCAACUCAAAGCCUUUUCAUUAAAAUAAUGCAUUUAAAAUAAUAUACAUAGAUAUAUUAUGAAUGCUACGAUCUAUUUAUUUGAUAAUUCAUUACUUUUUAAGUUUGUGCUUUUAUCUUUAACGCGCAAAGCUGAGAAAAAAUUAAUUUACCAAAACAAAAAAUAGGAUUCCAUUCAAAACUCUUUGAAUAAAAACAUCAAUUUUUUUUUUUUUUAUUGUCCAUCAGUAUUAAAAAAUUGUAUAACAUGUUUACAUUAAACAUUGUAUUAUAUUAUUUACAUUGAAAAUAAAUAACUAUGUUGAUGUUUUA